UUGUUGCCUUCUCUGAAGGACAAGCCAGUUCUCGUCACGUGACAGUGAUAACGAAGGACCACUUCCAAGGAAAUUCUGCGCAGGUGUUGCCCCCAGAACCGGUUAGGGUAAAUAUAAAAAGAUCUGAAGAGUGUGUGUCACUCGAAGUAACGUACUCAGUUUGUCUUUGGAUUUCAUAUAGAAAAGAGUGAGACAAUGAAAGUGUUGUUGUUGAUGACUUUCCUUUUUGGAACGGCGUUGGCUUAUCCACAAGACGAUGACGGACCAGUCUGGGGUGGUUCAAACAACGAUGACGAUGACGAUGACGGGGGUAUUAGUAGUCGAGUUGGCAACCCACAAUCUAGUUUUGGUAACUGCGAGUGUGUACCUUAUUACUUGUGUAAGGACAAUAAUAUUAUCACUGAUGGUUCUGGCGUACUCGACCCUAGGAAAAAACCAGUACCCUCCAAAGAACCCGGUUUGUCUGCCCGCCUUGGUCCAGAAGGUCCAAGUGGGUGUGGUCCGUUUCACGUAUGUUGCACUGCGCCAACAACAUCAACAGUAAAACCAUAUACUCAUCAAUGUGGCUUCAGGAACGUCAAUGGGAUCAACAAGCGUAUUUUGAGUCCUAAUGGUAAAGAUCUAUCUGAGUUUGGAGAGUGGCCUUGGCAGGGUGCUGUCCUAAAAGUCGAAGGCAAAGUUAACAUCUUCCAGUGUGGUGCCGUUCUUAUAGACAGUUUUCACUUGCUUACUGUAGCCCACUGCGUUUACAGAUUUACGCUUGCAAAUGCUUUUCCUUUGAAAGUGCGACUGGGAGAAUGGGAUACCCAGAAUACUGAUGAGUUCUUGAAGCAUGAAGAUUAUGAAGUGGAAAAAAUUUACAUCCACUCUAAAUAUAAUCAUGAAAGGAAAAACUUGUGGGACGACAUCGCUAUUUUGAAACUGAAAGUGGAAGUUUCCUUUGGUCCUCAUAUUGACACCAUCUGUUUACCAAAUUACCAAGAAAAUUUUGAAGGUGUUCAGUGUGUGGUUACUGGUUGGGGAAAGAAUGCCUACAAAAAUGGUACGUACUCCAAUGUCUUAAGAGAAGUCCAUGUGCCUGUUAUUAGUAACGAUAAAUGUGAGCAGCUUCUGAAAGAAACUAGGCUAAGUAAGUGGUUCGUCUUGUAUGAAAACUUUACCUGUGCUGGUGGAGAAAGUAACGCCGAUUCUUGCAAGGGAGAUGGAGGUGGCCCCUUAGCCUGCUGGAGAAAAGAUGGUACUUAUGCAUUGGCAGGCCUGGUAUCGUGGGGAAUUGACUGCGGUAGUCCUAAUGUGCCUGGUGUUUAUGUCAGAGUUGCAAAAUAUCUUGAUUGGAUUGCCCAAAUUACUGGUCGUCCGGUCACGGAUUACUGGCCACGGUCUUAAGUUCAACCUAGUCAUACUUGUAUUCUAUACCCAGUUUAUCUUUUUUUCACAUUCACAGAAAGGUGUUUGAUGCAUUAAGUAGUCUCCACGGUGGAGUUAUUCUAUUGAAAUACUUCAAAUAUAUAUCUUGUACAUAUUACAAACAAUGAAAAGCUUAAUAUUGUUUAGAAAAGUUUUAGUUUCCUUGGGCAUGACAAAAACAGAGCUGAUGUUUUUAUUUCAAAUACUAAGUUAGUGUUUUGAUUUCUAUUAAAUGGUAAUACGAAAAUACGUUGGGUGAAGCCCAUUUGAGGUCAGUUAACUGUUGCCUUGGUUUCAUCCAUAAGCCAAACAAAUGUUGCAUAAGACCGCAGCGCUCAGAACUCACUUGGUGAAUAAAAAAAAAAACUGUUUUCUGUUGAAAUGUAGCCUUUGUGUGGUAUACCUAAUUUCAAUAAAAGAAAUUUCAUCUUAAAUACUAA